AUGGCCGCCGACACCAAUGCUCCAACCUGGCUUCAUAAGCUGGAAGAACAAGUAAAUGUCGACGUCGACGCCAUGGACCCGGACUUCAUCAAGGCCCUCCCCAUCAUCCCCCACGACAUGACAAGCAACCAGAUCCACGUGCACGGGCAGAUGAGCGAGCCUAAGAACAGACAGUUGCUGCUUGAUGUCGCCCACGAGUAUAAGGGGAAGAGUUGGGUGGAGAUCUAUACGCGUGCGGCCGUUCUCCUCUGCAAGAAGAAUAUCGACCUCAUCUCGGGCCGUGUCCUGCUACAGAUUUUGCCUUCAUACGCCUAUGAUUCUCAGAAAGUCCUCGAGCACGCACGGCUGUACGCGAAGGAGUUCGAAUCUGUGGGGAUAAGCAAGGAGCGCUUCUGUAUUAAGAUUCCCUCGACCGGCCCCGCGCUGAGCGUUUGCUCGACCCUUGAAGCUGAGGGGAUUCGGACACUGGGGACUGCCGUCUUCUCGCUUGCGCAGGCGAUUGCCGCGAGUCAGGCGGAGUGUCUGUAUAUUAGUCCCUACUUCAACGAGAUCCGAGCAAACUUCGACCUCUCCCUCUGGCCGAACGUCGAAGACCCCGCGACACAGCAUACGAUGUCCGCGCGGCUCAUCCAGAUGCUCGAGACGUAUCGGCAGCUGUAUAAAGAGACGGGGAAGACGCAGCCGCUGAUCAAAAACGCCAACUUCAUAAGCCCCAAAGAAGCCCUCGCACAGGGCGAAUUCGGCGUCGACUCCGCGACCGUAUCCGCCGAGGUCCUGAUGGAACUCGUCAACCUCCCCUACGACGCCUCAACGCGUCCAAGCGGACUCAUCGACGUCCCGAAACCGCAGUACCCCGCGCACCAGAAUACCGUCUCCUCGACGCCAGAACGUCUGGCGCAUCUUGCGGGCGCGGAUCUGCUGGCUGCUGUGGACUGGGAUGGGAGACUUGCUAGCACGACUGUUGAUUAUCUUGAGGAUAAUGGGGCGGAACUUGAGGCUGCUAGAAGGGCUGAUCCGAUUGCGGCUGGGCGGAUUAGGGAUGCGUUGGAGGUGUUUUUGAAGGUUGAGGGGGAGAGUAAAGAGUUGAUUCAGGGGGUUAUGAAGGAGGUUGCUUGUUAA